AUGAAAGACAGCGCGAAAAACGAAUACGGGACGUUCCCCAUCACGAUCAACGAGGGGCAGUCGGACCAGGUGGGGGAGAAGAAGCUGCUGAGCGGAGGGAUCUACCAGGGGCUGCUGGAGCGAGCCAAGCUGCUGGCACUCUUCCUGACCUGGUACGCCCUAAACAUACUCUAUAACGUAGAUAACAAGAUCGCCCUUAACAUGACCAAGCUCCCCUGGUUCAUCAGCUCGGUGCAGUUAUUCACUGGGUGGGUAUUCAUCCUCAUGUACUGGCUCACGGGUUAUAAGAAGAUUCCCAGGAUAUAUACGUUUGAUUUGUUUUUAAAGAACAUAGGCAUUCAGAGCUUCUGCCAUAUAAUGGUUCACUUCGGUGCAGUGGUCUCCAUGUCAUCCACCACGGUGUCCUUCACUCACGUGGUGAAGGCAUGUGAGCCCGUUUUUACAGCCCUACUGUCUAUCCUCAUACUAAAGCAGUACAUGAAGGUAAAUAAAUAUUUAACUUUGCUAAUCAUCGUGGGAGGAGUCAUCUGUGCAUCAGUGAAGGAGAUUCAUUUUACGUGGCUGUCCUUCUGGUGUGCCACCAUUUCCAAUUUGGGUUCUUCCAUGAGGUCUAUUUUUGCGAAGAAGAUGAUGACACAGAAGUCUUUAAUUGGAGAGAAUCUAAACGCUUCAAAUAUUUAUGCCCUAAUUACCAUCUGCUCAGCUCUGAUGUCCCUCCCCUUGGUUGCCAUUUUCGAGGGAAAGGCCUCCUAUAACUUCGUUGCCAAUUACCAGACGGGCACAAUGAAUGACCACACCUACAGAGAGAUAAUCACCAAGAUUUUGCUUAGCGGCGUUUGGUACUAUCUUAAUAACGAAGUGGCUUUCAUGUGCCUAGAGAAAGUGAAUCAAGUCACCCACGCGGUGGCCAACUCCAUCAAGCGAGUCGUCAUCAUCGUCUCCUCCAUCAUCAUUUUCCAGACGCAGAUCACCCUGCUCGGCGCCCUGGGCUCCGCCGUCGCCAUCACGGGCGCCUUCCUCUACUCCGUCAUUUGA